AGUAUGUGAGAUAUUAGAGAAAGAUAGGAAUCCCAUCGGACAAUGAAUGGGAGACGCCCCACCAAGCAGACUGUCUACCAAUCGCGUUUACGUUGUCAUCCCGCGUCACUUGGUUGUUAAGACAAUCGUCUCGCAAUCUCUUCUCAAAAUCAGGGUAUGAGUCGACUAAUCUUGUAAUUUUGUAGUUCGUGUUCACUAAAUUCAUGCUAAUGUUGGGUUUUUGAGCUAGCACCCAAUUGACUCCCAUUUACUUGCCUUGUCCCAGAAUGCAUUGUGCAAAAUGGACCCUAAUGCGAAUCCAAUAGAGUUUCCCAUCUCCUCAAAAGUAUCUCUGGGCGCAUCAACGUUACACGUCCAUGCUGACAUCUGGAAUGGUGCAGUUGGCCUACAGCCAGUAUGUUGAUCGGAUGCCGGAGAAGAGGACGUCAAUCCACCAGACUGAGGGUAGCACUCAUGCUCUUAGUAUUCAUUUGUCAAUUCGUCCAUGUUCUCAGCGAAAAGUCUCCCUCCGCUCUGACUGUUGUGGAGAGCCCCGAGGCCAGCCUGGAGGGUGAGGAGGAUGCCCACGUGGAAGAGGGAGAUUCUGAGGAUUUGGAUGUGUUCCAUCCAACAGAUAAGUGGAAGACUCUCAAACCAGGUCAUGGGGUCCCAAGGGGCUCUCAAGUAAGGCUCAACCUCCAGACUGGACAGAGGGAGGUCAAACUUGGGGAACACCAGACUCUCAAAUACCAGAUAGAUGGACAAAGACAGGGGAAGGAGAACACACAGGGCCCAUCUGUCAGUGCUGAGGAGCUGAAGAAGGCUUUGAAAAAUAUCAAAGAAGGAGUGGAUCCCAAAACCAGUGACAAAGAAGAGACGGAGGCUCUCAGGGCCCAGUUUCAUACCAUGGAUGAGCUGAAAAAAGACAUGGUCAGGCUAGACAUGCUGAUGGAGUCAGACUUCCAGAUUAUGAGUAGACUGGUGUCCCAAUUCAACAGCUCUAACGCCACUGUGGAAGAGAAGGUUAAAGCUCUACAUGACUUAGAGUACCUUGUUCAUCAGGUGGACAAUGCACAGAACCUGGCAUCUAGGGGAGGGUUGAAGCUUGUGGUUGAUGCAUUGAACAACACAGACUAUCGACUUCAAGAGAGUGCUUCUUUCGUUCUGGGAUCAGCUCUAUCAAGUAACCCAGUGGUGCAGGUGGAGGCAGUUGAAAGUGGUACCCUUCAGAAGCUGUUAAUGUUACUUGCCACUCCACGACCCAUGUCUGUUAAAAAGAGGGCGUUGUUUGCUCUGGCCUGUUUGCUACGUCACUGCCCCUUUGCCCAAAGCCACUUCCUGAAGCUGGGUGGGCUGCAAGUGUUGGGGGAUAUUUUCCGAGCAUCUGGAGGUGGGGCUGUCCGUGUGAGGAUUGUAACCAUACUCUAUGAUAUGAUCAACGAAAAGGAGCUGAUCUCUCAGACUGGACUUGACCCCAUCCCAGAUGCAUCUCACAAUGAGCGUUUGCGGCAGUAUGCGCAGGUCUCCCUCCAGCCACUUUUGGCAGAGCAAGGCUGGUGCAGUCUGGUACCUGAACUGUUGGCCUCCCCAGAGCACGACUGGAAGGAAAAGGCCCUGAGAACUAUCCUGGCCAUGAUGCCUCACUGUCAGACUCAGUAUCGAAAGGAUUACGCCCUGUCUUCCUCCCUCAGCGCCCUACAGGAGCAGUACCAGGAGCUGGUGCUCACAGAGCAGGUCCUCGGUGACGAGGAUGGAUACUUUGGGGAGAUCCUGGCUCUGUUGGAGACAGUGGUGCUGAAACUGAAACAAGUAUAGGGCUUGGUGAAAACCUUUAUCAAAGGACAAUUAAAAAAACGAGGAUGUAGGUUUACAGAAAUGCAUUCGAGUUUUGCGGCUGUGUGAUAGGGUCAAAUCAAAUUUUAUUUGUCACAUACACAUGGUUAGCAGAUGUUAAUGCGAGCGUAGCGAAAUGCUUGUGCUUCUAGUUCACACAUUUGCAAAUCACAAGGUUGCCUUUCGGUUGCUUAGCCUUCCUUACACCUUUUUUCUGCAUCUGUGAUGCAUCAUGCCUUGGCUUGUCUCAAAAUAAGGCUUUCCAGUCCUCCCUGAGGAAUGCAUUCAGCUGGGCUAAAAGACAGUAUUUCUCCUUAUAUGGCAUUUGUGUUCCUUGUUCAGUGUGCUCCAUCUAUCUUGUUAGUGGAUUGUCCACUGUGAUACUAGUGUGCCUAGUCAGUGCCUGCUGUAAAGCAGUCAUGAAAUCUGAGCUAUUUCCAUACUUCCCUAUGGGGUUUCAUGAGAGACUGUACAGGUUCAUGUUUCGUCAUUUUAUUAGUUUAAGGGUUUCCACUGAUUUGGAAAGCCAAUAUCCAGUCAGUGAUACUCUUCAUUGCACUGCAUCAUUCCGGCAGGAAGGAAAGGCAUCCAGAGAGAAUUCUUGUGCCUCACACAUGCCUGCAUGCUUGACCAAGACUUUCUUGUGUUUGAACCUGUCAAAAAGAGAUGUGUUCUGUCAACUGCUUAACAUAGAAGGUUCAAAUGUGGCACCUUCAAUACCAAAAAGCAUGAUUGAAUGUAAAAUGGUAAACAGAAACUUAGAGAAUUAUUGAGCAUAAUAUUGAGUCUAGCUCUCAAAUACACACAAUUUAUUUUAAUGAUUUGAAAUGUCUUAACUGAUGUCUAAGUUAUUUGUUUACUAUGUAUUUUGUUUACUUGUUUGAUAAGAAUAAAUCCAUUGGGUAAAGGCACUGCUAAUAAUCUGCCUUUAACUGAGA